AUGCAUAACCGCAGCAGGGGAUCUUGGGAUGUUGCGCCUGACGUCGGCUGCAUCUUUCACUUCACUUCAGUAUCAACUCUAUCACAUGCUCCAAGUCCUGGACUGGUCUGUGGCUUUAUGACGCCUGGUUCCAUCACAAAAUCUCAAGAGAAGGACAGAAUGUACCAGCAUAUGUGGAGUGGAUUCAUCAUGGCCGCCAAUAUCAGUGCCGUCCUGUUUCAACGUCCAGACUGGAGUUCCAGCGCGGUUCACCUUGAAGGUAGCGGAUCAAUGCUAAUGCUCCCCUCGGGGUCGCCGACGAGGGCUUCGCAACCGACACCCCUCCGCUCAGCGGCGUGUCAUCGUACCUCCUCUAGAACCACCCUCCAGGCCGCGAGAGGGGGCCCUCGGUCGCUGCGAGCUUGGCAUAUGAAACCGCCAUUCAGAAUUUCCGUGACUGCCAUUUAUGAAGAACCGGUGAAGCUAGAGGCAUCUUUAAAGCCCGUGCGCUUUCUGAAACGCAUUCAGAGCGACCAAAUGCGCUUUGACACUGAUACUCUUGUCUCUCACUUCCUACACGAGUGCUUCACGCACUUCCCGCCGACAGCUCAGGCCUACAACAACGUCGCCAUGGACCGGAGCUCACUAGAUCCGGCCAUUCUCGAAGAGCUUGACAAGAGCGAUCUUGUAAAGGAAUGCCGCAAAUUCCACCAACAACAUGGAAGAAUGCCGAGCAUGAAGGACAUGCAGAGAUCCAAGGCUUUUCGCGAUGCACUGGGUAAUGCCGUGAAAGAUCUCGGCAAACCAGGCACCACCUCAGGAUACGGCGACUCCAAAUAUCCAUACAGCUCCGCUGCCCCUUCGCCUGGCUGCCGCGAUGCUUGUGAAGAGUGCUCGGAGCAAUAUCGAACAGGUUUGGGAUUGGCCACGCGACCUUAUGAAGAAUUCCUGAGCGACAACGAGGCUCGGCAGAAAGUUGAAUACCUCAGAGAGAAGACGGAAGAGAACCUCAGCCACGUGCGCCAACAGCUCAAGACGUAUGGCAAUGCGAUCAUGAAGCGCUGGCUGAAACGCAAUGUCAGCAAGCGUGCGAAUCUGCUAACACAAGCAAUGCCCGAGCUAUACUCCCAGAAGGCUAGCUUCGUUCAGGAGAUGCUGAAGAUCACCAGAUUUCUCGACAAGGACAGGAAGCUUACUCGCAAGAUCAACCUUAUGCCAUAUCUCAGCAUCGAACUGCUGAGCGAGAACCCGAAUAACCUCUUAGCCCUUCUAUAUUAUCGCACUCAUUUCAACCCAGUCCAAUGGGCUGCCUUUGACUGCCAUCAAUUCUCAUACUUCUUGAGAUCGGGCAUGAUGGAGGCAACUUACAAUCCGCAUUGCAUCACCAAUGACCAUGCAUGGCGAAUGGGACAUUCUCAAGAGUUACUCUCCCGCCAACUUCGGGCAGUGGUUGGUCUUCUACUCAAUCCACAACCUGAAAACGCGCAAUCUGGAUGCGAUGUGUUUGAGACACUCGCUGCGACCGGUUUUGCUACCACUGCCGGAGCCAUUACACAAGACGUGACAUUGACCUCGCCCUUCUCUGCCCCACCUUGCCUCAACAUGGCGGAGAUUGUGGCUACACUGCGCUCUCGACUACAAGCGUGCGAGGAUGAGCUUUGGUUGCUUCAGACUGACGCUGAUUAUUUGCGAGAGCAUCUGGCGAAGAUUGAUAGCUCGUUAGCGCAAGAGUCAUUCAGUGGUGGAAGUCGGGAAGAGCUCAAGCUUCAAGUCGUCAUGAUCAACAUCACUAAAGUCGAAGAUUGGCAAUAUCUAUUGGAUGAAGCAGAGCAAGCCAUGAGCAUUAUGUCAGAGCUGUCAUCUCGGGUUAGGCCUGGCCAUCCGCUACCAGAACAAUACGCGAACGCCCUUGCCAUCUUCGAGUUCGCGCUGAGCCUGCAAUUUCACCGGCAACAGAAUCAUCUUGGAAAACUUAUUACUGCUUCCAGCGAUUUUCGACAGUACUUCAGUUAUGUCGACAAGGAAAUAGGUGCUCUUGGCAUCGAUGCGUCUCUCCAGAAGACACAUCGUCAUGAUCCAAUCUUCUACAACCUCGCGAUGCUCCACACGCACGAGUCCCACAAGUCGUUUCCAGCAGCGCUCCACGUUCGUCAUCUUGAUGGACUUCUUGCAAGCCGUCCUCAUGAGGAAGCGCGUAGGAUCAGUCGAAUGAUGUAUAUGGCCGUCUCGGACAUGGCGGUCAUCGACGACACAUUGACCAAGAUCAAAUUGCACCGACCACAAGGACUACGGAUGACGUCGCUAAUGUCACUUGGAGAUCGACCAAAGCCUACUGCUGACGAGAACAGCAUCAUCGAGCUUGUGGCCGGACUGGACCCUCCGCAAAUGGAAAGGUGGAUGGAGAAAUUGACGGAGAAACAUGUCUUCGAUUCGUUCUACACCAUAUCAAACUACGAAUACUUGCAUCCUGUGCUCCAAAUGCUUGAACACCAGCCACGUUGCACAGGUAGAUACGAGACCCGGGACCUGGACGCCUUUGACAAGUCGCAGAAGGCUUUGUUCGAAUUUUGGCAAGCUAUGAGAGAAUGGAGGUUGCACAAGAUCUUGACUUCUUUCGAUCCUAUCCCCGACUUAGACAGAGCUAUGAAGAAAGUGUUUCCGAGUACUAUUGAGGAGUACAGGCGAGAUUUGGAGGAAGAGCGUGCUGCAAUGGCAGCUGCAGUCGAAGCGAAGAGUUUCGGUAAGUGCCUCUCCUCUGGGGAUCAACGCGAGCAAAACCGCAUAUUCCAUCUCAAGAGAUCUGUUUGGGGUUUCACCUCGACCGAGAACACUGCAGUCCAGCAGGUCAAAGAGAAGAAGAAAAGUCGCCCAUUGCACUCGGAUCUUCAGACACUGAGCAUUGCAGAGCCGCACCAGGAGUCCUUCACAACUCCACAAGAAACGAUCGCAGUGGACAAAACUAGUCUGACUGUGUUCCGUCGCAUGUAUGCCAGUGCGCUCGCGAAGAAAGGCCACAUCAAUUGGGAUGACUUCGUGGCGGCGCUCAUUGACAUUGGCUUCUCUGUCAUGCCGAACAGCGGCUCCGCUGUCACCUUCAAGGAAAAAUCUGGAAAGGGAUCCAUCGUCUUUCAUCGCCCCCAUCCAGAUUCUCACAUCGAUCCGAUCAUGCUCAAGUCCAUGGGCAAGCGGCUGCGAAAGUGGUUUGGCUACGAUAAGGAGACCUUUAUCGAACAUGGACUAGUCGCCUCCUCCAGAAAUGGUCCACUGGUCCACUUUAUCGCGCAGAGGGCGUGCAGAAAGUCAUGGCAACCGAUUGAAUCGACGAGCCGUGAGUACUACGAAAUAAACAUUACUGGUGACUCCGCGUGCCUUUGGUACAUCAGUAAUCAAGCCUUCCAAGACGACCUCCUAUCACAAGGACCACCUAGCCUAGUCGGCAAUACGAAUUCCACCGGCAGUCCCAUCUCCGGAUCCAAUCCUAAUAUUCUAACGCUCCCACCUACCAAAGCUCUAAGCAGAUCCCAAUCACCAGAACGCAACAAUAUCAAUCCUCCCAGUCCCGGUAGCAUCCAACUCUACGGCCGCACGAUCUCGAUUCCUAGCUCCAUAAAUCGUGACCCUCAAAGCCCAGCGGCGGCACACCUAUGGACGGAAACGGAAACUUCAACUCGGUCAAUCAGAGCUUGCCGUCUGGUAGCGGGGGCUGGGAGAAGGUUGGAAUUCCGUGUCAAGGACGGAGACGAUGGGGGAUUUGGGGGAGAGGAGGAGAAUGGGCAUCGCGAGCGGGGUAUGGAGGGGAUAGGAACUCUCAUCGAGAUUUGGAAGCGGAGGUGCUCGCAAAAUCAUGGUAGGAGAGCGCGUAUGCGGGAGCUACCUCCAUUUAGGCUCGUGAUGAAUGGGGAUUAUAUUGCGACCGAGUGCACCUCUCGCAGAAGCAGCUGA